CCCCUUUUUACUGAAAUGUUCAAUUUCAGUCAUAUUUUAUUAACUCAUACUGUAAAUUAUCCUUUUUAUUAUCCAGCAUGAUUCACAUUUCAUGUUCAUCUCUUGGUACAAUUCAUACGUUAAUUUAUUCCCCUAACUCCCUCCCACCGCAUACAUAUACGUGAAAAGAGUACCGACAAUCGACCUUCUUUUUUACAAAGUGCGUAGUAGUAAAAUAAAUAAAUAAAUAAAUAAAUAAACACAACGCUGCCUUGGCAACGGCCCGAAACGUCACUGAGUUGAUCACAGCCACCAAAAUGUAUGCAUGAGGGAAAAGGAGAGAGAGCGAGAGAGGGGCAAAGACUAGGAGUGACAGAGAAGAGCAAACGAAACAUCACAGUUUAAUGCAAAUAUUGCCCCCCGGGGAAAGCAACGUGCAACAGGAAAAAAUGCAGAUUCAGUCGAAUAUCUUGGGUGUUCCAUACGGAAUAGGGUCCGUUAUAAUAGGCUCUGAAUAAAAUAAAGACGUUUUGCACUGCCUGGUUUCAAACAAAUGCAGCUAUAAAUAUUGCAAAGUGAUGAAUCCUCCAUUUCGUGGAUUCCCCUCAGCUGAGCCCGAUGGAUUCCUCUGUGAACAUUGCUCUGCUCAGCAACAGCUCAGAAGCUGACAGCUCAGGGAGAGACUUUAUGCUGGACAUCUUUACCCAGACCCCCGUCUUCAACACAAUAACGCACCUCAUAUCAGACAACCAGACUGCAGGAGGUGACCAAAACCAAGAGCAACACGAUGGGAAAGUCGCCCCGACGAGUUUCCUUCUCCAUGGCAUCGCUUUGGCAUCUCAAACGUUGAUCUUUCUGCUCAUCUUUCUGCUCUGCAGCUUUGGAAAUUUGGCAGUUAUUGUUAUCAUCAUCAAGCACAGGCAGUUGAGGACGGUGACGAAUGCCUUUAUUAUGUCCCUUUCUCUGUCAGAUUUUUUGACGGCCAUACUUUGUUUACCUUUUUCUUUUAUCAUGCUGUUCAGCAAGGAUGGACUGUGGAUGUUUGGAGAUGGCUUCUGCGUAGCCAAUGGAUUCUUUAACUCUUGCUUUGGCAUCAUCUCCACCCUGACGAUGACUCUGGUAUCUUUCGACCGCUAUUAUGCCAUAGUGAAACAGCCGCAAAAAAAAAUUGGGAAGAAACAGGCCGCCCAGUUGUUGGUGGCCGUGUGGUUGACAGCGGUAUUUUUUUCGUUCCCAUGGUACUUGAUGGCAAAGACCACAGAUAAGCUGGUAAUUCACAAAAAUGGCUUUUAUCACUGCAUGUAUGUCUUUCAUUCGGGCAGCUCUAGGAUGGGCACUGCAUACAGCAUAACUUUAAUUGUGAUCUGUUACCUUCUGCCUUUUGCCCUCAUGUGCUUUUGCCACUAUAACAUCUGCAAAACUGUGAGGCUGUCAGAGAUCAGGGUGCGACCGGUGACCACUUAUGCCCACCUUCUCCGGUUUUAUAGCGAGAUGAGAACGGCCACAACUGUGCUUAUCAUGAUUGUGUUUAUUAUCUUCUGUUGGGGGCCUUACUGCUUGAUGGGUAUCAUCACGGCUGCCGCUGAUUAUCGUUUUAACCCCGUUAUGGACACUGUGGCUGUAUUAAUGGCGUGGUCAAACGGGGCAAUCAAUCCUCUUAUAUACGUUAUAAGGAACCCCAAUAUCUCAAUGCUUUUGGGGCGCAACCGAGAAGAAGGAUAUAGGACUCGUAACAUUGCGGCUUACCUUUCCACACAAAACCAGAGCAGGGAAGCCAGGAGCCGCGCUGAUAGGAUUAGAGACCGGUAUGCUAACCGACACGGAGCAGGUAGCAGAAUGUCCUCCUCUAGCCCUGCGAACGGAGGGGACGUUACCAUGUGGGCUUGCAAAAACCCUGCGCUGAUGUUCUGUAGGGACGGGCAGCCAGACACCGUGUCCGAACCAGCGAUAGCCAAAUCUGAGACCGCGGAUACUAGCCUAUAACAUUAUUAUCGAGAAUUGAUGGCAGGCCUUGGUGGCACUAAAACAUCAGUAAUUCGGACAUAACCGUAGUUUUGGCAAUAUUGCUUAAAUAAGAAUGAUGCAUUGUUGCUGCAAACAUAUAUGAUAUCAAAGUAUUAACCUAAUACAGUGAAAUUGACCAGUAUGUUAUGGAAAUCAUGUGAUUAGCUGCUGCAAAAUAGGCAAUUUCAAAGCCUUUCAAAGUGCCAAUAUGAAGCAGACAACACUGUGAUACAAAACUAAAAUAAUCAGAUGUUCUUGCUAGGCUUUUGGGGGAAACAAAGUGAUUCAUUGUGUUAAUUUGUUUUGUGUUCUUCGAUGGGAAUAGAAACUUAAAGCAGUAUUUUAAAGUGCCAAAAGUGUUGCUGUCAAAUUGUUAUUUAUUUAUGUAUGUAUUUAGUUAUUACGUUUAAUUGUUGUUUAUUUGUAGCAAACCCUUGCUGCAAUGUUUUCCUGACUCGGAACCAAAACCGUUUAUAUUUCACAAUAUUAUUAUUAUUUGUUUAUUUAGCAGAAGCCUUUAUCCAAGGUGACAAGAGACCAGGGUGUGUGAAGUAUGCAUCAUGCAGUCACUUACAGCAAUGUCUCACCCAAAAGACAAGCACAAGGAGGUUAAGUGAGGAGAUUUUUACAAGCCCUUUUCUUUAACCACCAGACCACACAGCUUCCUAUACAUUUUAAAUAACAAAUAUUUGCUAUGCAUGCAAAUGCAAAUCAGAUAAAUACAAAACAACUACAACCUUAUUUAAUCAAAAACCUUACAAAAUGGAAGCUUAUUGAAGACCUGACUCAGUGGGCAGUGCAUCUGAAUGAUGAUGAUGCAAUGCAUUUCUCAAAGUGUCUUCUUUUUUUCUUCUAUUUUUCUUGUGUGUGUUGGUGUUUAAUCUUGACAAUUCCUGAAGAUAGAUGAACCUUGGGUGUCAACUGCCAAAUCAGUGUUUUUAAAAUGUAAAUGUGUCAUAGUAUAAAUUUGUGUGUGUGUGUGUGUGUAUAUAUAUAUUUAUAUAUAUUUAUAUAUAUUUAUAUAUUUAUAUAGCUCUGGAAAAAAUUAAGAGACCACUGCAAAAUUAUCAGUGUCUCUGGUUUUACUAUUUAUAGGUAUGUGUUUGGGUAAAAUGAACAUGAAUAUGAACUUAUUUUCUUUGCAUUAUUCGGGGUCUGACAACACUGUAUCUUUUUUGUUAUUUUGACCAGUUGUCAUUUUCUGCAAAUAAAUGCUCUAAAUGACAAUAUUUCUAUUUGGAAUUUGGGAGAAAUGUUGUCAGUAGUUUAUAGAAUAAAACAAAAAUGUUAAUUUUACCCAAACACAUACAUAUAAAUAGUAAAACCAGAGACACUGAUAAUUUUGCAGUGGUCUCUUAAUUUUUUCCAGAGCUGUAUAUAUAUACACACACACACACACACUUAUAUAUUUUUCUAUACACAAAAAACUACUGGUAUUGCAACACCUAUAUUUGAAUUACAGAUAAAGGCUUGCAGUGUACUCUGUAUAAGAAAUUCUGAAAUGUUAUUGUCCUCACUGUUAAUAUGAUGUUAUUAUUCUUAUUUGUUUUAUGUGGAUUGCCAGUAUGUGACGGAAAAAGCACAAAGUCUAGUCAAGUAACUCACCCAAAACUAAGUGCUUAUUUAGACUAUCCCAUAUUGCACUCUGGAUGCCUGCUGUUUCAAAGCCUUAAUACAGUUUAUGGAAUAAAGAAAGAGUUCAGUUUUAUAUUGCCUUCUUAAGAUUGAGGUUUGUUACUAGCUAGCCAGUAUUUUUUCCACACAGUAUUUAAUGACUUAAUGUAUUAUUCAAAAUGUGCUAUUGUUUGUGUUAAAAUGUGGAUGUAAGACUUCUUUUGUACAUGCAAUGGGAAAUAAACAACUAUCUUUUAUGCAUCACCUAAAGUGCUGUGAACUAUUGCAAUGUAACAACUUAAGGCUCAGUUGGUUGGUCUGUCAAAGCUCAGUCGUAAAAUAUAUACAGAUACACAGUGUAUGUAAGUAAGGGUCAGUGGAUGAGUUGCAUGCAGGACCUACACACUGAAUCAGCCAGAUUUAGCACUAUGGGGGUGCACAUGGAACACGAUCAUUCUCCAUAGGCUCUUAUAGCUCUGACCAACUUCAAGUAUCUCAAAGUUGAGGACUAACAACUUCUUCCACCAAGCCCUUCAGUUAGACAAAGGGAAGACUGAUCGUGAAAAUACAUUUUAAACAACUUCUCAACACAUUCAACUACAGUAUUUAACAAUUAGAGGCAAUAAAACAAAGUGUUAGAAUGAAAGAUGAACAGUUUUACCAUACAUAAGUAGUUGCACAUGAUGAAUCCUGAAAAUUGAACACUAUUACAGAGCUUAAAUAGGUUGAAAACUAUAGAAAAACAAGGAUACAUUUUUUUUUUAGUUUUAGUGUUUGGCAGUUUCAACUGCUGAAGUGCUACACCAGGCAUGGACAAAGUCCUGGUCUUUGUUUCCAUGUUGGAUCUUCCAGUCCUGGUCUUUGUUCCAACCCUGUUCUAAAUGGUUUAAUUGAACCAAUUCAA